AUGGCCGCCGUCGAGGCAGGGGCGCGGGCCACGUUCGGAGCCUGGGACUACGGGGUCUUCGCUCUCAUGCUGCUGGUGUCCACCGGCAUCGGGCUAUGGGUCGGGCUAGCCCGGGGCGGGCAGCGCAGCGCCGAGGAUUUCUUCACCGGGGGCCGGCGCCUGACUGCCUUGCCCGUUGGCCUCUCGCUGGCCGCCAGCUUCAUGUCGGCGGUACAGGUGCUGGGCGUGCCGGCCGAGGCCUACCGCUACGGCCUCAAGUUCCUCUGGAUGUGCCUGGGACAGCUGCUCAACUCUCUGCUCACUGCCCUGCUCUUCCUGCCGGUCUUCUACCGCCUGGGCCUCACCAGCACCUACCAGUAUCUGGAGCUGCGCUUCAGCCGCGCUGUGCGGCUCUGCGGGACCCUGCAGUACCUGGUAGCUACAAUGCUGUACACCGGCAUCGUGAUCUACGCCCCCGCGCUCAUCCUGAACCAAGUGACAGGGCUGGACAUCUGGGCAUCGCUCCUGUCUACCGGAGUCAUCUGCACCUUCUACACUACUGUGGGCGGCAUGAAGGCUGUGAUCUGGACCGACGUGUUUCAGGUCUUAGUGAUGCUGAGUGGUUUCUGGGUUGUCCUGGCUCGCGGAACUAUGCUCGUGGGUGGACCUGGGCAAGUACUUGAGCUUGCCAAGAACCACUCCAGGAUCAACCUGAUGGACUUUGACCUGGACCCAAGGAGCCGCUACACAUUCUGGACUUUUGUUGUCGGUGGCACAUUGGUAUGGCUUUCAAUGUAUGGUGUGAACCAAGCACAGGUGCAGCGCUACAUGGCCUGUCGCACGGAGAAACAGGCCAAGCUGGCCGUGCUCGUCAACCAACUGGGCCUGUUCCUGAUCGUGUCCAGUGCUGCUUUCUGUGGCAUCAUCAUGUUCACAUUCUACCUUGACUGUGACCCUCUCCUGGCAGGGCGUAUCUCUGCCCCAGACCAGUACAUGCCCUUGAUGGUGCUGGACAUCUUCGUGGACCUGCCUGGAGUCCCUGGGCUCUUUCUGGCCUGUGCCUACAGUGGCACCCUCAGCACUGCAUCCACCAGCAUCAAUGCCAUGGCUGCUGUCACUGUGGAGGACCUCAUCAAACCUCGGCUGCCGAGUCUGACCCCCCGGAGACUUGUCAUCAUCUCCAAGGGGCUGUCGCUCAUCUACGGCUCGGCCUGUCUCACUGUGGCAGCUCUGUCCUCCCUGCUGGGGGGUGGCGUUCUCGAGGGCUCCUUCACCAUCAUGGGAGUCAUCAGCGGCCCCCUCCUAGGAGCUUUCAUCCUGGGAAUGUUCCUCCCCGCCUGCAAUACGCUGGGCGUCCUGUCCGGGCUGGCGGUGGGCUUGGCGCUGUCGCUGUGGGUGGCCGUGGGUGCCACUCUGUACCCGCCUAGCGCGCAGUCCAUGGGGGUCCUGCCUUCAUCGGCCGCCGGCUGUGCUGUGCCCUCGGCCAACGCCUCUGGCAUCCUAGACCCGCUUCUCGCCGCCAACGCCUCCAGCAGGGCCUCCAGCCUCGAAAUGGACCCUGAUCAACCCACCUUAACUGACAGCUUCUACGCCAUUUCCUAUCUCUAUUAUGGUGCCCUGGGCACAGUGAGCACCGUGCUAUGUGGAGCUCUUGUCAGCUGCCUGACGGGCCCCACCAAGCGCAGUGCCCUGGGUCCUGGUCUGCUGUGGUGGGACCUCACACGGCAGACGGCAUCUGUGGCCCCUAAGGAAGAAGUGGCCACCCUGGAUGACAGCUUGAUGAAGGGUGCUGAAGAAUUGCCCCCAGGAACCAAGAGGCCUCCUGACUUCCUGCCCACUGACGAGGACCAUCUGCUCUUCCUGGGUCAGAAGGAGAUGAAUGGAGCUGGCUCCAGGACCCCAGGCAGUGAACAUGACAAAGGUCUUAACCUGCGAGAGACAGACCUCUGAGGCAGUCAGGGACUGACCGCCUGGGAUGGAACCCCAGGGGAGCCAAUCCCAGGCCAUGAGCCGAUGGUCUUGGGCUCCUAUUGGCUAGGCCACAUCAUAUGCAAAUAAGCUCGGGACUGCACGUCCCUACCCUAUGGGAAGAGGUGAAGCCCCACCUCCAGAAAGUCAUUUCAUCCUGCCUCCUCCUUCCAGCUGGACCCAAGUCUUAGAUGCUGCACCCCUGCCCACUCCCCCAAAACAAGGCCAGAUAUUUCUCUACCUACAAAAGUAAGAUAUUGGAGUCCCCUCUGGACAACAUGGGAAAUCCCCAGGCCCAACACUGGGGUCUGAGAAAGACCCCAGUUCUUCCCUGGGAAUUAUCUGAACCAUAGCAAUGAUUUUGGACAUCCUCAGGCCCAACCCCUUGUGCCCACUUCACAGGUAGGGAAACCAAGGCCUGGAAAGGGGCAUUGACUUGGCCAAGGUCACAGAACAAACCAGAGACUCAUCGAGAGUUGGACACCAGCUCCUUCAUCCCUUCCCUAUUUUCCUCCCUUUGGAGGGACAGACGUCACAUGGCCUCUGAUCUUGUGAGGAGGAGGGAAGGAGAAAGGAAGAAUAAUGUUUUCAGCCUUCCUUCUGUGCCUGGACACUUUACCCAUCUCAUCCAUUAAGGACCAUGAGCCCACUUUACAGAGGAAGAAACUGAGGCUCAGCGACGUUGCCUGAGGUCACACAGUGAGUCGGGUCAGGUCAGGGACAGACCUGGGUGCUGCAUGACGCUGAGGCUCCGUUGACGAUGUGUUGCUGGUAUACAGGCGAGCUCACCAGAGACGCGUCUGACCCUUGG